AUGGAAGAACGUUCCGGCGUUCCUGAGAGUGAUGUUUACCGAGAGAGUUAUGUUGAGGGUGUAGAUCCCCAACCACCUGCGGAUGUGUUUUUUAAGGGAAACACCGAGACAGUGAAUGUAUUGGUGAAUGACGGAUCAAGUGUAGGCGCUUACACACUUGAUCUGGUUACGCCCUCGGAGACAGCUUCGGAGGUAGUCAAGUUGCCACCACAAGAAUCUGAAAGAUUCUUGCGAGACCUGCGUAGUGACAAGAUCAAGCAGAUCUGCGUACUUGUCACAGAGGACGAGUACGUCGCCGAUAUUCGGUCGGCACAAGCGUUUGCUGAGAACGAAAGGGUUUUCAGUAGCUCAUCGAUGGACGAUAGUGUCCUCGAUGGGAAGACCCGGAUUGUGGGAUACACGUCUCAAUCUUGUAGUCUAUAA